AUGGAUGAAAACGGAUACCCAACGUAUCGCUGCCUUAAUACAGGACAAUACGAUCGCCUAAAUGGAGGAACUACAGAUAAUCAAUACGUUAUUCCAUACAAUCCUACAUUACUUCAGUUAUUUAAUUGUCAUAUUAAUGUAGAAGUAGUUUCAACAUGUGAUAGAAUAUUUGGUAGACCAUUACAGAGUAAAAGUCAUUCUAUUCUCCUAUUACCUGUUCAUUUAAUUAAUUGGCAUACUGUAACCAUUAGUGAAGAAGCAAAUGAUGAUGCUAUAAAUGAAGCUUUACAGAAACGGACUAUGUUAUUAGAAUAUUUCGAUUUAAAUAGGCGUGAUUCACAAGCUAGACAAUAUACAUAUGCAGAAAUUCCAUGUUAUUAUGUUUUUAAGAAAGAACGUGGUGAAAAUGCAUUAAAAUGGAUGAAGCGUAAAGGGUCAUUUAAUGUCAUUGGACGGAUGUAUUCAAUUUCGCCCAGUCAAUCAGAACUGUUUCAUCUUAGAUUACUUUUAAUAGUAGUUAAAGGCGCUACAAGUUAUGAUCAUCUGCGAACUGUCAACAAUAUUGUACAUGACAUUUUUCGUAGUGCAUGUUUAGCAUUAGGCCUUAUUGAAGAUGAUGGAGAAUGGGAACGUGCUUUGACAGAAGGAGAAGUAUGGAUGAUGCCACAACAAUUAAGACGUUUAUUUGUGCAAAAUCAAGCGAACAACGAAAUGUCAUUGCAACAACAUAAAGAGAUUGAUGAAAUGCAAUAUGUGAAACUGAAUUCCAAACAGAAGGAUAUUGUUGAUGAAGUAUUAAAUGUAGUUAUUCAAGAUAAAAGAAUACCAUCUUCUUCAUGUUAUUACAUUGAUGGACCAGGUUUCCCAAAGCAAUUCUGUUCUGAGACAAUAAUGGAUGAAAACGGAUACGCAACGUAUCGCCGCCUUAAUACAGGACAAUACGAUCGCCUAAAUGGAGGAACUACAGAUAAUCAAUACGUUGUUCCAUACAAUCCUACAUUACUUCAGUUAUUUAAUUGUCAUAUUAAUGUAGAAGUAGUUUCAAUAGUUAUAGGCGCUACAAGUUAUGAUCAUCUGCGAACUGUCAACAAUAUUGUACAUGACACUUUUCGUAGUGCAUGUUUAGCAUUAGGUCUUAUUGAAGAUGAUGAAGAAUGGGAACGUGCUUUGACAGAAGGAGAAGUAUGGAUGAUGCCACAACAAUUAAGACGUUUAUUUGUGCAAAAUCAAACGAACAACAAAAUGUCAUUACAACAACAUAAAGAGAUUGGUGAAAUGCAAUAUGUGAAACUGAAUUCCAAACAGAAGGAUAUUGUUGAUGAAGUAUUAAAUGUAGUUAUCCAAGAUAAAAGAAUACCAUCUUCUUCAUGUUAUUACAUUGAUGGACCAGAGUAUUUGAAUACUUUAAAUCCAUCAAAUUUCCUGCCUUAUGAAUUACGAUUAAGAGCCAAUUGUAUUGUCAUGCUACUUCGAAAUCUUAGUAUUAAUGAAGGUUUAUGUAAUGGUACGCGAAUGCAGGUAUUAGAACUAUCAAACAAUCUGCUACGUUGUCGUAUUUUAACAGUAAACUUUGAUUUCAUAAUGGCAGAAGCUAAUGAAAUGAAUGAUCCAUUUGCUUGGAUUUAUAAUUUAGACAAUGUCCAACUUGCUGAUGAAUUAAGAAAUCGUGAGUUAACAGCAGUUGGUGGAAUUGCAGCUAAACAAUAUUCAAUCGGUAAUUUUUCUAAUGAUCAUCAGGAUGGAGAUUUAUUACAAAAUCUAGAAAUGCAUCACGAAUUUCAAGAUAAUUUAGUAGGUCAAAAUUUCAAUUCAGAAUUUACUAAUAAUAUUCCUAACCCCAACCCAGAUCUUCGUAAUAGUAUAACUGUUGGUCCUCGGAGUCAAUCAACAACAAUCAAAUGA